ACCUUACUUUAUUAUUAUUGUUGUGGUUGGUUUUCCCACUUUUGUAUUUAAUAAAAAGUUAGUCAUAUAUAUACCUAUUUAUAAUACAUAACUAAGAAUUAUAAAUCAUUGACUAUAUAUUAUUUUUUUCGUUGUAAUUUUAACUCGUAUCUGAUAUUAUUUGCAUUGUCGUACAAGAUAAAUAAAUGAACAAAUCAUGUUGAGCAUAUCACGGUUUUGUCGGAGUGCUACUAUUCUCCCUCAUAUUAAAAAAAUAGUGGUUGGCCCUUCCAAAAAUAUUGCCCAAAAUGUACUUGCGAGGUCCUAUGGAACACCCGUUUUUCAGAGACAAACCCUAUGUAACGGUUUAAAGAUAGCGAAAUUUCUGAGGGGAACGGGUACUGUAGCAGCUGAAGUUACCUCGGAUGUCUCUAACAAAGGUAGAAAAGCCGUUGGGUACUGGCUACUUACCUGCGGUGGAAUGGUAUUUGUAGCAGUCGUUCUAGGAGGGGUAACGAGACUAACCGAAUCUGGACUUUCGAUGGUAACAUGGAAACUACUUGGUGAAAAAAUGCCAAGAACGGACGCGGAAUGGGAAGAGGAAUUUAGGAAAUACCAACAGUACCCCGAGUUUAAAAUAAAAAACAAAGACAUCACGCUGUCAGAAUUCAAAUUCAUUUGGCACAUGGAAUACGGUCACCGGCAAUGGGGCAGGGCGAUAGGCGCCAUCUUCCUGAUACCCGCCGCGUAUUUCUGGGCGAAAGGCAGGUUUACGCCUGGCAUGAAGAAAAGAGUCUUGGCCUUUGGCACGUUGAUCGGUGCGCAGGGUUUGAUGGGCUGGUAUAUGGUGAAAUCAGGCCUGGAGGACAGGUUUCACGGUGAAAGCGACGUGCCCAGGGUUUCCCAAUACAGACUUGCCGCCCACCUCAGCCUCGCAUUUGUUCUCUACACUUUAUUCCUGUGGUCGAGCUUGGACCACCUCAUUCCAGCCGAAACAGUAUCGAUUGCGAGCAGGGAAGCGAUAAAGGCGUCUAGGAGGUUCCGCUGGUUAGCGCAUACGUCGAAGGGGCUGAUAUUCUUCACGGCCGUUUCGGGAGCGUUUGUGGCCGGUUUGGAUGCCGGUCUGGUUUAUAAUUCGUUUCCGAAAAUGGCAGAUAAGUGGGUACCCGACGAUAUUUUAGCGUUUAAGCCAAAAUUGACUAAUUUCACGGAAAAUCCUACCACGGUACAGUUUGAUCACAGGAUUUUGGGUACGACGACGUUAGGCGUCAUAACGUACCUGUGGUAUUUGUCCAGGAAGAGGAUUUUACCCCCGAGAGCCUACAAAGCUGCCGCUGCAGUUGGGAUCUUGGCAUAUUUGCAGGUUACACUGGGCAUAGCGACCCUCCUGACAUAUGUACCCACCAGCCUCGCGGCUAGCCACCAAACAGGAUCGCUGGCUUUGUUAUCUGCGGCUGUCUGGUUGACACACGAGCUUAAAAAAUUACCAAAAUAAAUUCCAUUUAUAUUAUUUGUACUGAAAACAGCAUAUAUGUAUAUUUUUAUCCAAAGAAUAAAGUUUUUGU